AUGCAGUACGUUCGGAGUAUCAGCGGUUCUGUCUCCAAGACGUGGAACUCGAUCAACCCAGCCACAUUGAGCGGAGCUAUCGAUGUGAUCGUUAUCGAACAAGAAGAUGGAACCCUCGCUUGCUCGCCCUUUCAUGUUCGCUUCGGCAAGUUCUCACUCUUGCGUCCGUUUGAAAAGAAGGUGGAAUUCAAGGUCAAUGGUGUCAAACAAGAUUAUGCGAUGAAACUGGGGGAAGGAGGCGAAGCAUUUUUCGUCUUCGAAACCACGGAUGACAUCCCCGCAUCUUUGCAAACUUCGCCGUUGGUUUCUCCCGCGAGCAGCCCAAAGGUCCCAACCGACGAUCUUGAAUCGUCCCUCCAAGAACCCGAGCACUUGGAUCUGGAGAGGUCGGGCAGCGACGCUCUCUCCGAAGGUGCAAAAACCCCGCCCACCAUGCCGAUUUCGCGACAGUCGCGGGCAACUACGGAUUUGGGUACAAUCACACCGCUAUCACGAUCUCCAGCGGAUUCGGAGCUCAGUCCUGCCCCUUUCAAUGCCAAACCCGCGCUCGAUCACUCAAUGUCGGAUAACAUACUUUCAAGUAGCGUCCCUCAAUCUGCCCCAGGAGACCGAACUUCCAUGGCCAGCGCAGACCCCGCAUCUGAGGAUGAUGUGGAGCAAAUAGAUAGAUCUCGCAGUCCUCCUCCAGUGUCUCCCCAGGAAGCCAUGGAUCGUGCGAUCUCCUUGUCCAAGAAAUUAUCGGGGUCUAACAUUCCAUCCCAUGUCAAUGAGACCGGAGAUCUGAUGUUGGACAUGACCGGUUAUAAGAGCAAUGAAGAAGAUGCUCUCCGGGCCGAGAUUCUCGCUCGCAAGAUUCUGGCAGAAGAACUGGAAGGCAGCUACGAUAUCGGGGCCCUCAUCGGUGCCGAUGAACAUGGUAACUUGUGGAUUUAUGGCAGUGAAGAAGCAAAGGAGGCGGCAGAUCGAAGAGCCACCAUAAACUCGAUGCGACCCGGCACAGCAUUGAGUGAAGAUGCAAUUUCGGACCCCGGGUAUCACAGUGACGGUGACCAUAGCCCAUUGGAUCCAACGAUGACAGCACGCCAUCACCGAACCAAGUCCGAUGUCCAGCCUGGAUUUCCUACACCUCCUCAUUCACCGAUCCACGACUCAUUCGCAGUUGAGACUCGCAAUUAUGCCAAGACUCUGCGUUUGACAAGUGACCAGCUGAAGGCCUUGGCCUUGAAACCGGGCCCGAAUACCAUGUCUUUCAGUGUAAACAAAGCCACUUGCACUGCAUCCAUGUAUCUGUGGAGCGGCAAUACUCCUAUUGUUAUUUCUGAUAUUGAUGGGACCAUCACGAAGUCGGACGCUUUGGGUCAUGUUUUGAACAUGAUCGGACGUGAUUGGACACAUGCAGGUGUGGCCAAAUUAUAUACCGACAUUCUCAAUAAUGGGUAUAACAUUAUGUAUCUCACAAGUCGAUCUGUCGGACAGGCAGAUACCACUCGUGCAUAUCUCUACGGCGUCUGCCAAGAUGGAUAUCGGCUGCCCAAAGGCCCAGUCAUCUGCAGUCCGGAUCGAACAAUGGCUGCUCUGAGACGAGAAAUCUACUUGAGAAAGCCAGAGGUUUUCAAAAUGGCAUGUCUCCGCGACAUUCUUAAUCUUUUUUGCGGAAAAGAGAAUCCUUUUUAUGCCGGAUUUGGAAAUCGGUUGACCGAUGCGUUGAGUUAUCGAUCCGUCAAUAUCCCUUCGACACGUAUUUUCACGAUCAACUCAAACGCCGAAGUCUCACUUGACUUGUUAAGUCUGAACAAAUACAAGAGCAGCUAUGUGACUAUGCAAGAGCUGUUAGAUCACUUCUUCCCUCCCGUCAGCCUCCUGGUGCAAUCUGGUGGCGAGGAAUAUACAGACUUCACAUAUUGGCGCGACAUGCCUCAAGACUUGGAUGCCUUUUCUACCACUGAUAGUGAGGACGAGGACGAGGACGAAGAAGAGGAAGACGAAGAAGAAGAUGAGGAAGCUGCCGAGGACGAUAUCCUUGAGGAAGACGAAGAUGCGGACGAAGAAGACUACGAGGAGGACUUAAGUGAUGCCGAGGGCAGCGAAUAUUUAGAAGGCGAAGGCACUGAUCUUGGUGCAAGUUUAAUUUCACAAGCAUCGGAGGCCCUUUCGCAUCCUGCGGACUCCAUCACGGAAUCCAUGGAAGAUGAAGAGGGGCUGGAGGAGGCAGUGGAUGAAGAAAACAAUGUCGCUGCUACCCCUCGGGUUUCAGGGCCCCCCAAACCAACAACUUCCACCACUCUCCCCAUUCGGCCCAAGUCACAGGAAACUUGA